GCUCCUCCCCUGGGUGGGUCCCCGCGCCUUUUCUGGCGGGGUCUAUUUGCAUAGAAGGAACUGCCCGCAGUGGCCGCUGAGUCUGAGCGGGCGGCUAGGGGGGCGUGCGCGAUCCGCGGCCACCCGGACGCCGAGCCCCGCAGCCGCCGACCUGGAGCCGCCCCGGGCCGCAGCGCCGACGCAGAGCGGGCCGGUCGCCAUGGGCGCCGGCGAGCGCGCGGCGGGCGGAGAAGGCGCGCAGGACCCCGGCGCGGGCUGUGGGGUGCGGGCGCUGGGCGCGCUGUGCCUGCUGCUGUCGGUGGGCUCUGCCGCCGCCUGUCUCCUGCUGGGAGCCCAGGCGGCCGCCCUGCAUGGCCGAGUGGCGGCGCUGGAGCAGGAGCGCGAGCUGUUGCGGCAUGCGGGGCCGUCCGGAGCCCUGGCCGCCUGGGCCGAAACGCACCUGGAGCGCCUGUUACGGGAGAAGUUGGAUGGAGUCGCCAAGCUCAGGGCAGUUCGAGAAGCCCCCUCUGAGUGCAUCUGUCCCCCUGGUCCCCCUGGACGGCGUGGCAAGCCUGGACGAAGAGGCGACCCUGGUCCUCCAGGGCAAUCAGGACGAGAUGGCUACCCGGGACCUCUAGGUCUGGACGGCAAGCCAGGACUUCCAGGCCCCAAAGGGGAAAAGGGUGCGCCAGGAGACUUUGGCCCGCGGGGAGCCCAAGGGCAAGAUGGAGUUGCAGGACCACCCGGGCCUCCUGGACCACCUGGGGCCCGGGGCCCUCCUGGUGACACUGGGAAAGAUGGCCCCCGAGGAGCGCAAGGCCCAGCGGGUCCCAGAGGAGAGCCAGGACAAGAUGGCGAGAUGGGCCCCAAAGGACCUCCAGGACCCAAGGGAGAACCUGGCAUUCCUGGGAAGAAGGGGGAUGAUGGGAUGGCCAACCAGCCAGGACUCCCUGGACCCCCAGGGCCCAAGGGUGAGCCAGGGGAUGUGGGGCCCCGAGGAGAGAAUGGAGUAGACGGCAUUCCUGGACUAAAGGGGGAACCCGGUCACCCAGGCGUGGAUGGAGCCACAGGGCCCCGGGGUCCCCCGGGCCUCAAGGGAGAACAAGGUGACACAGUGGUAAUCGACUAUGACGGCAGGAUCUUAGAUGCCCUAAAGGGUCCCCCUGGACCACAGGGAGCUCCUGGGCCACCAGGGAUCCCUGGAGCCAAGGGUGAACUUGGAUUGCCUGGUGCUCCAGGAAUCGAUGGAGAGAAGGGUCCCAAAGGACCAAAAGGAGACCCAGGAGAGCCUGGGCCAGCUGGGCCCAAAGGGGAAACAGGAGAGAUGGGCCUGUCAGGUCUUCCGGGUGCUGAUGGUCCCAAGGGAGAAAAGGGUGAGUCGGCAUCUGACCAUCUACAGGAGAGCCUGGCCCAGAUCACAGUGGAACCAGGGCCCCCGGGUCCUCCUGGCCCCCCUGGCCCCAUGGGCCUUCAGGGGAUCCAAGGUCCCAAGGGCCUGGAUGGAGCCAAGGGAGAAAAGGGUACAUCGGGUGAGAGAGGCCCUCAUGGCCUGCCUGGACCAGUUGGCCCACCAGGCCUUAUUGGGUUACCAGGAACCAAAGGAGAGAAGGGCAGACCUGGAGAACCAGGACUCGAUGGGUUCCCUGGACCCAGAGGAGAGAAGGGCGACCGAAGUGAACGUGGAGAGAAGGGGGAGCGAGGAGUUCCUGGCCGGAAAGGAGUGAAGGGCCAGAAGGGAGAACCGGGCCCACCAGGCCUUGACCAGCCAUGUCCUGUGGGCCCCGAUGGGUUGCCUGUGCCUGGUUGCUGGCAUAAGUGAUCUUCAGACAUAACCCCUGACCUGUACAGAUCCGUUUGGAUGUUUUGAACUCAUGUAAAAACAAAACAGUAAUAUAUUGAAUUUCUUUAUGGGAUGCGCCAACUGUGGGCAUGUAACAUUUGCAAGUGUGCCAACCAGUCCCUGGAAAAUCUGCACAGGAAGCCGGCAGGAAUUCGGACAGGCUGCUCUGAGGAAACUUCUGUUCAAAGGCCCCCGGCAGGGAUGGCCUGGCUUUCCCAGGGAAGAUGACGAGGGUGAAAAUGCCUGGCUCAGGUGAGGCUGGACAGACUCCAGGUUGGGCUCACAAUCACCUGAUUAGCAGAGACUUGCAACAACUAUUCCCUGAAGCCCCACUGCCCCAGCUUCUCACUGUCCAACAGCACUCCCUUGGACAACUGCUGUAGCCUCUUGCUUCUGGACUGUGCCGUAGGCAGCUGCACUGGGACCCUAUGUUCAACAGGGCCGGCAAAGAUUCCUAGAGUCCAGCACUUGGAGAGAAGGCAAUGGGAAGAACCCAAAGAGGGCCUUGCUCCACCCAAGUUCAGUAGGCUUCCAGAAGCCACCCUAACACGGGAGCUUGUAUCCUCGGACCUUGGGAAACGGCAAGGCUCUGUGGAUACCUCAGUGUGCAGCCAGCUUCCGGCAGCCCAGUGAACCCUAAUGGUAGGAUGAAGAGACCCAUGCCUACUAGUUACUACUUCCAGUCUCCUUACCGCCUCUCCCAAAGCAGGAACUGGAAGGGACUUUGUCAGCCUGGAGGAGACAGGCCUCUUGUUCAGAACUUGUGUCUCAAGUCUCCCACCUAGACCUCUGGUCAGCCUGACAAAAACAGGCCUUCUUAGUAAGUGGUACGGAAACCAUGAACCUGAAGGCUGAUCCCCCAGCAAGCCUGAACAAAACACCUGUGACAGAAAUCCCUGCCCUCUCUGGGGGGAUUGGGGCUUGAACACCUCUAAUGAAGGUUCCUAGCUCCUGCUCCAUUCAUGGCUUCACAGCCCUCCUCAUGUAAAGGUGCCAUGAGUAAUAAACCACAAAUGUGUGUCUGGUGUGCCUGUCGCUUACAGACUUCCCUGGUCACCUCUGGGUGAGUUUUAUUCCGAUGGUUACUAGCUGAAGAGGCAAAGGGGCUCUCCUUGGGGGUCAGAACCUUCCUCUAAUCCAGGGGAUAUAUUCAGGGUAGGAGAUAAGAAGAUACAGGCUCAAGAUCUGAACCCACACAUGCCAGCAGAAUCCUGGGACUGGCCACAUCCUGUCACUGAGUCCUCUGUGUCCCCUUUUGUUAUGCUCAACAAAGACACCCCAAAUUUGUUGCCUCAAAAUGUCCAUUCUCUCAGUUCUAAGGACUCAGGGGCUCGCCUGAAUAGGCGUCACGUGGAUUCCCCCUCAUCUGUCUGUCAGCUAGGAUCCAAUGACCAUGACACCAACCAACCUGUGACUUUUCUGCAUGGCCUGGGCUUCCUCACAGCAUGGCAGCAGGAUUCCUAGAAAGCUGUGUCACCUCAUAUGACCAAGCUUUCAAAGUCACAUGCUGCCACUUCCUGCCAGAGCCAGAAAUUUACCCCAGUUGAAGUAGAAGACAGACCCACCUCUCAAUGAGGAAAGUGUCAACGUCAUGUUUAAAUGAGAAAAAUAUGGGAGAGUACAUUUUGUUGUAGCCCUCAAAAACAAAAUAAAAUAAAAAUAGCUCUCUUGUAGCCCAGGCUAGCAUUGAACUCACUAUGUAGCUCAGGAUGACCUUAAAAUUCUGGCCCUCAAGUCCUCGCUCUAUCUACUCCAAUUACAGUUGUGCACCACUGUGCCUGACUUCUACAGUGCUGGGAUUCAAACCUAAGGCUUUAUGCCUGUUAGGCAAGCACUUAACCAAAAAAGCUACAAUCUUAGCCCUUGUUACGCCACUCAUCUGUAGCAUGAGACAGUAAUGCUUAAAAUUCAGGUGUGGUUCAGUAAGAUUCAGCUCUGUGGAAUAUGCACAGAGAGCCUAGGACAGAUCAGACACCUCAUAGUACCUGUGGCUGGCUGUCCUUGCUCUAUCUGCUCCAAGAACAAAUAGUAACCACGGUCCUGCAGAGUGGGCCCAUGUCUCCCCCUAACUUGUCCUUACAGCAAACUGAAGAAAGAUGCCCAACAAAUGUGCCCAUUUUCAUAGAUGACAAAACCAAGCUCUUUCCCUGUGUGUAGAAAAGACAGGAGUGUCAAUGGCAGUGUCUCUGUCCCCUUCCUCCAAGAGCAGAGAUCCAAGGAGGGCCACACUCCCCAUACUGUACAUAUGCAUUCCUUGCUAAGCAGAGGCCCAGCCACGCACAGCUGAUGUCAAGUCCCUACCUCUGUCCCCUGAGGAGCUGGCAAAAAGCAUUUAAGCAUUACUGUCUCAUGUUCUCUGCCACACUGGGUCAACUAGGAAAAAACCAGAAAAGAGAAAAAGAAAAAAAAAAAAAAAACAACAGAUGUAGUGGGCCAAGAUGACUAAGAUGACUAAGGUGGCUCACUGGUGACAAUGCCUGCUUUGGAGAUGUGACAUAGCCUCCCAAGCCCACCACAGUCUACAGUCAACAGAGCACGCCUCCUUCGUCCUAAGAACAUUGUUGGGGCUGCAGGGGUAGGUGUCACUGUGUCCAUUUUACAUAUAGGAAACCUGAGGCUCACAGUGCAUAGUUAUCUGCUUAGAGAUACACAGACAGGCGAGAGUGACAGGCUUGGGACUGAACCCGUGCUCUCAGAGGUCCCCUAAUUUUUCUUCAGGAUUGUUUGGCAGCACAAGGAAUCUGCUAGGCAGACCCCUGACAAUGGGUGGACAGCACGCAGAGCUUUCUAGAGGCUGAAGCCCCAAGUUCUCCCUUUCACCUCUCAGGCUGGCUGCCCUGGGCCAUUCUUGGCCCAUUACUGCCCCCGUGUGGACUCAUACCUUGUAUCCUUGCAAAUGGACAUGCAGAGCCAUUGGAGUGUCUGUCCUGUGCCAGCCUGAAGUGAGGACAGAGAGAAUGAGUUGUUCAAGGUCCCAAGUGAGACGCUGGGGAGUGCCCUGCCUCACCAAUGAGCCUCAAGGACUGAGAGGAGGCCUUGGUUCUCCCUACCAAGAAGGCCAGUUCUCUGUAAGUCAUAUAAUUCUGGAAGGGAGGUGUCUGUUUAUUGAGUCCUUGACUAUCCUGUGUUCCAUAGCCGCUAAAGAAACCAACGAGAUGACUGUCCCCAUGGACAGAUGGCUCCGAGGCUUGAGAGAAGCAACCUUACUAGAUUUCCUGUCCUUAAAGUAAGCUUUGAGUUGUCACAGGAUUGGGGGACACUCCUGGCAUUCAGAAGACAGUCGAGGUUAGCAUACACCUGAAAUCCAGGACACUGGACACGCCCAGUAGUGAAGCUGCUCACUGUGAAUGCCAGCUGAGGAAACCCUGCUCUCGAUUCAAGGGUUGGGCAGGGGAAUGAUUGCUUGUUUGUUGAGACAGGGUCUCAAUACAUAACUUAGGCUGGUCCCAAAGUUGCAGUUCUGCCUCAGCUUCCCAAGUGCUGGGAUUACAGGCUUGCACCAACAUGCCCCCCCACACUACAUCCAAGUCUUGUUCAGUCCCUUCCUCCUCUCAGCCUGUGCCCUCUUGGCUUCCAGGGUUGCCUUGAAAGGACAGAUGGCAGAAAAUGGAGAGAGAAUGGGACCAGGGACAGGAAGGAUAGGCCUUUUCUGAGCAGGAAGAUGGACUUUUAGGUAGGUUUAUGGUUAAAAACAUGAAAUACCGCUCAGUUGGGGAAGAUGGAAGGGCUCUGUGACUGGGUGUUGAUGACAAGAUGCAACAUUGAGAAUGUACUAAUGCCACUGAAUUGUAUGUACCCUUCAAAAUGGCUUGUUUUUUAUGUAUAUUUUACCACAAUAAAAACAAACAAAAACCGCAAGAAUAUAAAGCUGUUCUUUAAUAAAUGCUGUAAGCAUUUUGCAGUUUUCUAGGGAAGAGAAGAAAU